AUGGCACUGAAGCUGAACAGCGACGCUGUGCGCCACGCCGUGAAAGAUGGCGAUGUUGACGCCGUACGAGAAUACUUGGAGAGUGGGGUUGAGGCUAACCUGGCAAAUCCAAACACUGGAAGGACGCUCCUGCAUAUCGCUUGUCGCCAGGGAUAUUCGGCGAUAGCGUCUCUUCUUUUGUCCAACGGAGCCAACCCGGGAGCGACGACUCUGCGGCAGUUAACCCCGCUUCAUCUUGCAUGUCACCAAGGACACCUGAAAGUGGCGCGUCUUGUACUCGAGGCCUGGGCCCCCGUGGAUGACCGAGAUGAAACAGGGGCCACCCCCCUCCACCUUUCUGCCCAGCAAGGACAUACUGAUGUUGUUCGCCUUCUGCUGCAGUGCGGGGCCGACAAAGAUGCAAUGGAUCAAUCGGGAUGGACGCCCGUUUUCUUCGCUUCUUGGAACGGGCACGCCGAAGUGGCGCGUAUGCUUCUACAAGCCGGAGCCAACGCAAGGGUGUCGGACCUGCGCGAUAACAUUACAGCUUUGCACCUCGCCUGCUGUUGGGGACAACUCGAGGUCGCCAAAGUCCUGCUCGAGUAUGGAGCAGACUCUUCUGCGAAGGAUUGCAACGGAUCUUUCCCGGACCACGUAAUUGGAGCUGGCUCCCCCGAUUCUGUUGACCCUGCGUGCGCGCAUGAACUAAGCGAGGUUGUUGUCGGUCACCGCCGACGGAUUAAGGGCGCAUCGUCCUCCCUGGAGUGUGUGGUGGAUUCUCUGCGAUCAAAGGUGUCCCAUCUCGAGGACCAGCUUGAAAGGGCCGAAAGGGAACGCUUGGAGGUGAUGGCGUACUCCUCUGAUGAGAGUCGCGCCACAUUUUCUGCAGCCGUUAAGCCGGAAUGCCCGGUCUGUCAAGUGGAGGUUAAGGAGGCCGUACUUGACCCUUGCCGACACCUUGCGGCGUGUGCUUCAUGUGCCAACUCGCUCCAGAGUUGCCCUCUUUGCAACUGCCCCGUGCGAGGGUACCGGCUCCUGGAGAGCAGACAAGUAUACGAGCGCGUUUCAGCUUUGGAAGACGAAAGCGCCGGGAUGAGGGCGCAGUUGAAAAGGUUCAGCCGCCGAGUGCGGGAUCUGGUGGCAGAGAACGCAGAUCUAAAGCUAGACGUCCGGCGUACCAGGGCAGAAAUUUUGGUGGUCACUGCGGAACGACGGGGUUUGGAAGAGCGAUUUCUUCUCCGAACGCCCUCCCCUGCGCCGACGCCACCUGUGGUUGAAAGCGGGAGUAUCGCUGCUGGCAGUAGCGUCGCAAGCUUCGAAGGCGGUGGGACGGAGAAGCCACGUGGUCGCUUCACUCUUACCAGCGAAAACUCGACCGGCACCAGCGGUGCCUGUGAUGAUGGCAUCCACAGGAUGCAGGGACCAGGCGUUGUGUUUUCCGGCGGGGGUUCUAGCGCCGCAAGUCUCGACGAACCAGAGCUCGCUGUUCUCGACCGCCCUCGACCGGCGGAUGGCAGUUACGUUUCUGGCCGCCCUGCUAGUGGUGAAGGAAAAGGCCAGACCGCUGGUAGCUCAAAAAGCAGCUGCUCUGAGUUAAUAGCCGAGGGAGCUAACUCGAGUGGCAACGGUGAUCCUUCGAAGACUACAACAACAGUGGAAUCUGGAGCCAGGGUCGACGCCUCUGAAGGAGGUGACGGACAGGACGCAGAAAGAUGUUUCUUCCCUGACCGAACUGUCGGCGACGGAGAUGCCACGCCAACCCCACGCGAGGCCACAUGCGGCACUGACAACCGCAAGUAUGAAAGGCAAGAAGAACUACAUGCCUGUACGCUGGGUACACUCGCAGAGCUUAAGGACGGGGCCGGCGGUGGUGGCAAAAUCAGUACCGCUUUGGGCACCGUGCAAGCCGCGAGCGGUAGUGCCGCUGACGACCCUCUCGAUCUCGAGACCGCUUGCCUCAACGAAACUACCGCUGACAGUCACCUCGACCUCGAGACCGUUCGUGUCAACAAAAGUGUUGCUGACAACCAUCUCGACCACGAGACCGUUCGUCUCAAAGAAAGCGAUUGUGCUGCUUUCUCCCGAAGCGUUAGGCCCACGCGGGCAUGCUCCGUCUCCGUCAAGAUUGUAGGCGGAGCAUGCACAGACUGUUCGGACACGACGGCAGAGACUACGCACCCGGCGAAUCUGCCAGGAGCCUUAUUACUUGCAGGGGAUGUUGUUGAGGAGGAGACCAACUCCAGAAGUAGUCCAAUGAACGUGUCCAAUUCUGGGAAUCAGGUCGUGGAAAGAGACACCAACUCAGUGAGUGACGACGGGGAUUGGAGCAUUAGUACAAACAUCUGUGGAGACAAAAGCGGUGCGUGGCCGUCUUCCAGUUUCAUCUUGGCCCAAAGCCAGCGCUGA